AUGCUCCAACCAGAACCAACAACCUUUCUCGUUAUCGAUGAACAGGCUGCGCUUGAGCUUCUCGUGCGUCAUCCGCUUUCUACAAACUUGUCGCACGAAGAAUGCGAUGCUGUCGAAAAGGGAGAGGAGUUCUCUGGAAUCGUCCUGAAAAUUGUGGUUAGUGUGAACAAUUUAGCAGGAAGGUGUAGAAUAUACAGGAUGCGUAGCACGGACUCCAUUGUAUCCAAAUCAGGAGGGAUUCAAUUCAGGAGCCAGAUAAGGCAUGGCUGAAUGUCCAAAAGGGGAGGGAUUCAAUUCAGGAUCUAGAUAAGGCAUAG